CUUUUUUCCCCAGGGAAGAAUAUAUGAAAUACAUAAAUGGAUGCUGUACAUUCUAUUCAUCAGCUCAAAUGUCUUCUCCACAAAGAUUUUGUUGCCAUGGACCAGAAGAUCCCAUAUGAUGACUACCAGCUCCCAGUGGUUUUUCUCCCUUCUUAUGAGAGCCCGCCAGCAUGGAUACCUCAACAAGAGCGGGUCCACCAUCCUGACUACAACAAUGAACUCACCCAGUUCCUUCCGCGUACCAUCGUAUUGAAGAAACCUCCAGGGGCUCAGCUUGGCUUCAACAUUCGAGGGGGCAAGGCCUCUCAGCUAGGAAUCUUCAUAUCAAAGGUGGUCCCAGACUCUGAUGCUCACAGGGCAGGGCUACAGGAGGGGGACCAGGUGCUUUCUGUGAAUGAUGUGGACUUCCAAGACAUAGAACACUCAAGGGCUGUAGAAAUCUUGAAGACUGCUCGAGAAAUUCUGAUGAGGGUGCGCUUCUUUCCUUAUAACUACCAGAGACAGAAGGAAAGGACUGUGCACUAGGUGGCAGCAGAUCACCUAGAGGGGGAGCAAGUGAGCAUCAGUUGGACUGAUGUCCUUGGCGGAUAGAUGCAUUACGUCAUCGUCCUCGUCCUCCCACAGACUCCAGCCUCCAUCCUGUCUCAGUGCCAGGAUGAGUGGCCCGUGACGAACACAUCCAUUCAUAGUUCCACCUGCUAGGACAGCACCUCAAAUACUGACAGUUUUCUCUCCAACCCAAACAGCCAAGCAUUCUUUCUUCUAAUCCAAUCCUGGACAGAUGUUAUCCAAACAAGCAGCACUCACUGUUUACUCUGCCUGCUGCAAUCUGUUCUGACAGCCUCUUGACAAUCAGAAAUUUACAUUGCCGAUGGAUUUUUGAUAUACUCUCAAAAAGGUUAUAUCUUAAUGAGUAGGAUGUAUAGCAUUAAUACACAAUAUGGUUGCAUAGCAUAUAGAUUAUAUAUUAUAUAUAAGAUUAUAUCCUAACAGUUUCUGGAUUAACCACUUUCUAUAUUCAUUCAGUUUUAUUUCAACCUUGACCAGAGGUUUUCACUCACUUUGAUUGCCAGUUGCCAUGAUUUUCCAAAAAUUUGUGUUGGUGAUAUUACUGCGGAGACAUAUUGAGCAUGUUUUGUGGACCAUGUGGUACAAGGAUGACAGGAUCUCAGUGUUAGGUAGCGGUGCAAGAUAUACUGUAAGAAUAUAAAAAUCACUGUGCAGAUACACCUUCAACUCUUGCUGUAUGAAACUAAACAGAACGUGUAGGUAUUUUUCAUUGACCAUCAUUCAUGUCCCACAAUUGCGGUGUUACUGCAAAAAAGUAAAUGACAUAUUUAGAAUGUUGAAUAUUUCACAUUAGGUUACUAAUAUGUAUGUACUGCUUUGUGGUGCAGUUAUGAUAUUGCGUUCAAUGUGCCAAAUCCAUUAUAAUGAGGAUAAAGUCUUCCACUCUGUUCUUCCAGUGACCCUGACAAGUGGGACGAUCCUAAUGUCAGCAGUGUUGUACAGUAUACUGUGUCAUGUCAUGUUAACAUGUAAUUUCAUGUUACUACAGUAUCUUCAUACCCAGUAGGUUCUCUUGUCUGAAGUGAUCAGAGGUCAUGAUAAAGGCGCUUUUUCCAGAUGAGCUGUCUGACCUUGUUCCAUAGUGAAUGUGAUCUUGUCAAACACAAAAUUAAACUGUUUCUCAACGUUCAUCAGUGAAACCGCAAUAUUAACUGGAAUCUAAAGAGAAACAGGACAAUUUUACAAUCCCAGUGUGCUUAUGUAAGAGUUUUUCUAAGAGUUUGAACCCGAGAUUGUCUUGUCACUGCUGAAGACGUCAAGUAAGAUGGGCCGGUUUGCUCCGGAGAGGCUCAACUUGUUGUUCCACU